GCGCGUCUUCCCCGGCUGGACGCGCGCGUGUACCGGCCGUGUAUGGACGGCGGCACGCGUGCACGAGUCGAGGAGGAAAAAGCCCUGGAUUCGUCUCGCCUGCGAUCCUCCGCUCGGCUCGGCUUCGCGAGCUCCUCCUCGGCCGGCAACACUCGUAUCGCCAGGCGCAAGAGAAAGAAGAGGAGGCGGCAGCAACGACGAAAUAGCAACGUCGACGACGAAGACGAGCCUGUCGUCGUCGUCGGCGGCAACGGAGGUAGAGUCGGUGGCAACGGUAACGGCGGCACCAGCACCGGUGGUGGAACCACCGACGCGAUUCUCGCGGUCGAGCAAAAUCAACACCAGCAACAACAACUACCACAACAACCAGGAGAGGAAUCGUCGUCGUCAUCGUUUCCCAACGAGGAACCGAGCAAACUGUCGAAAAAUCGCUCCCCGCACAACACCAACGAGUCCCAACGAAUUGUGUCCAGAGGAGGAAGCGGCUCGCGCGCGGCUGCCUCCUCCAUCAGCUCCGGCAUCACGCUUCUCAACCGUCGAGCCGCCAGCAAGCGAUCGUCCCGGAGAUGCAACGCGAGCGCCCGUAGGAACGCGAUGACGAUGGAUCUCCAGAGACUGAUCACGGAGGUGCACGCCAGGCCCGCGAUCUGGGACCAAAAGAACGUCAACUACCACAAUCGCGACGUCAUCCUGAAGAUGUGGCGGGAGAUCGCGAGGGCUUGCGAGGUCUCCACGGACGUCGCAAAAUCGAAAUGGAAACACUUGCGAGACAAUUUCCGCAACGAACUGAAGAAAACUUAUCGAGGGAAAUGUGACGGCGGCGCGAACGAGCACGACUCCAAGUGGGUAUGGUUCAAGAGUCUGUUCUUCCUGCGAGAUCAAAUGAAUUCCCGGGUGAUCGGUUGUACCCUUUCACAAAAUUGUACGGUGGCGCUUCGAUCCUCGCCGGAGGGUACGCAAAUCGAGCCGCAGAUCGACAUUCUCGAAGGUCACGAGGAAACUCAGUUCGACGACAUGGACGGCGAUUCCUGUCACUCGGUGCUCUCCAACGACGACGCUUUGCAUCACGUUAUGCCACCGCCUAAAAUGAACAAAAUCGGCCGGAAGAGGACCCUGAUAGACGCGAUGGAGAACGAUUAUUCGGAAAUCGACCGUAAACGAUUCGAAUCCCUUCAAAAAAGAUUGAGCGUGUCCCAGGACGACGAAGACGACACCUAUCACUUUCUCAUGAGCGUCAGAAAUCCCCUUAAGAGUUUGCCGCUCGAUCGACAGAUGUUCGUUAGGUUGAAGAUCCAAGAGCUCGUCUACAAUGAGAUCAAUUCGCAGAAUCAGCCGCAUCACCACCCGAAUCAACAGAAUCGAAUGUACGAGAGUUCGCAGGAUGUGAAACCUUUGAGAACCGGAAACGGACCGGGAACAACCGGUGCUGGAGUUGGUCCCGGUCCUGGACCAGGUGGAGGAGGGAUUGCCGGUGAAUCCGUCGGCGGUGUUGACGGUAGAGAACAAGGUGGUAUCGAUGACGCCUCCAAUCCAGCAACGUUACUCCACAAUUGCGCGUCAGAGGGCUCCGGUCACGAUGCCUUCUUUGGUUAA